GGAAAGGUUAUUGUCGAGCCGAGAGGACGAAAUGCUUCGUUAGAAAGGAUGGAUUUUAUUUUAAGGUCUGCCCGGAGAGGCCAUUGGAGGAAGAGCGCCACGUGACAGAGGGGUGCCAAUGUUAUUCUCCAAGGGUGUCAAGACCCUGUCAGUUUGCGAAAUAAAUAUUGGGAAACAACGAAAUGCAAAAAGCGACCUACUACGACAGCUCUGCAAUCUAUGGUGCCUACCCCUACCAAGGAGCAAAUGGUUUCACUUAUAAUGCGAGUCAGCAGCAAUAUCCUCCAUCUUCAUCACUUGUGGAAACUGAGUACCACCGCCCCGCGUGCUCCCUCCAGUCCCCUGGCAGCUCUGUGUCCCACCACAAGGCCAAUGACAUCAGUGAGAGUUGCAUGAGGACCCUCCCCAGUCAGACUCUCCAGCCCCCCAGCCUCGCUGACCCACAGGCUCCACCGCAGCCGCCUCCAGCCCAGCAGGCACAACCUCCACCUCCGACCUCCACUUCACCAUCUCAAAAUGCCAGCAGCAACCCUGCCCCGGCCAACUCCACCAAGAGCCCAGCUCUUAACUCACCCACCGUGUCCAAACAGAUAUUUCCAUGGAUGAAAGAGUCUCGGCAAAACACAAAGCAGAAAAACAGCAGUUCCAGUUCAGGUGAGAGUUGUGCUGGUGAUAAAAGCCCUCCAGGGCAAGCCUCCUCUAAGCGAGCCCGUACAGCUUACACAAGUGCCCAGCUGGUAGAACUGGAAAAGGAGUUCCACUUCAAUAGGUACCUUUGCAGGCCAAGAAGGGUAGAAAUGGCUAAUUUGCUCAAUCUCACAGAAAGACAGAUCAAAAUCUGGUUUCAAAACCGCAGAAUGAAAUACAAAAAGGAUCAAAAGGGAAAGGGUAUGAUGACCUCUUCAGGAGGACAGUCCCCAAGCAGAAGCCCUGUCCCUCCAGCUGCUGGGGGAUAUCUAAACUCUAUGCAUUCUUUAGUAAACAGUGUCCCCUACGAGCCCCAGUCGCCUCCACCAUUUAACAAGCCUCAUCAAAACACCUAUGGCAUCCCUGCAUCGUAUACUGCUCCUCUUAAUAAUUGCCCACCUCCUCAAAAGAGAUACACGGGGACAGCAGCUGUGACACCUGAAUAUGAUACUCAUCCUCUUCAAGGCAACGGUUAUGGGAAUCCACAUAUACAGGGAAGCCCCGUCUAUGUAGGGGGCAACUACGUGGAGACCAUGACCAAUUCUGGGCCUUCCAUCUUUGGUCUAACUCAUCUCCCUCAUCCUCCCUCUGCCAACAUGGACUACAGCGGGGCUGGGCCAAUGGCCAACAAUCACCACCAUGGACCUUGUGAUCCACAUCCAACGUACACAGACCUUACUGCUCACCAUCCUUCUCAGGGAAGAAUUCAGGAAGCGCCCAAACUCACUCAUCUGUAAGAGACGGGAGUCACUAAGAGGAACAGCAAGCCCCCAAGUUUUGGAAAGUACUCAUCCCUUCCCUUCUCUCUCCUCCCCCCAACAUGUGCCCUCCCCUUCCCUUCUCGUUUCUUUUGUUCGUUUUGGUUUGUUUUGUUUCCUUUCGUAAAAGCGUUUUCUAGUUUAUGUGACGUAGCAAUAUUUGUUGCUUGAAUUGCUCUAUAGUUUCACUAGUGGAUAUUUAUCUUCUUGAACUGUAGCCUUGUGUCUCACUUUGGGAGUAUGCAGAGGCUUUAUACUUUACCUUCUACACUUUUAUCAAAACAGGGUAUAUGAACAAAUUUUCUAUAAAAGGAAUUCUUAAAUGUGAAUUUGUUCGUACAUGAUUGAUCCCACGGGGAAGCAAUUUUUUUUAUUGCACUUCUUUUAAAUAGCAAGAAAGACAUCAAAAGCGCUUGGACAGGGACUUCCUGGACAAUUAUUGAUACGUGUAAGUCUUUCAAUGUGUGUAUGCUGGUGAACAUUCAGAUUUAUUUAUAUUUUUUUUUCGCAAACAUUGAAUAAUCUAAGUGUUUAAAAUUUUAUUUAUCCCCAUUUGUUCAUAUUUAUAUAUAUAUAUAAAAUCUGUACCCUGAAUAUUCAGGAGGCCAUAUAUUAGAUGGCAUAUCGGCACGUGUUAGAAAUAUCAUUUGAAAGGAAACUAUUAACUCCUUUUAUUGAAAAUAGUGAUAAUAAUGAUGAUGACGAUGCAAUAAAAUCUGGGAAAAAAGAUCACGGUUUGAAUAUUUUAUGUUUGUAACAUCCAGCUAGGCAAAAAGUGUGUGAAGCUGAAAAGGCUAGAUUUGUUUUGAAAGUUUUACAUUCCUUGCUGCUCA